AUGAUACAUCGACCUUAUAGAUGGAUAUUUCAAUGAUUGGUUAGCGGCUAGCUGAAGAAGAAGAAGGGCCAGGGCCAUACCAUGGGGAACUGAAUUCAACUACUUCAAAUCGCCUCUUCUUCAUUCCUCUGCUCCGGCCAUUUCUCCGAAGCUUCGAUUUUGAUUCGAGGUCUCAAAAGUACUCUCACCGCUGGACUUAAUCCCGGUCCACUCAUCGUCAUCCACAGAUGAUGUCUCAGACACUCUUCGCCGCCUCUUCUCCAUGCCAAGUUGUUCUGUUGGAUUGCAACUCUAAAGGGUCGAAUUCGAUGCUGGUUCCUCGCAAUCUGAUGAACUACGGGCUCACUAGAGUGAGCAAAAAGCUGAAGGUUUGUCGACUCAGGGCUGGCUUCUGGGACUCUAUCAAAUCCGGGUUCUUGAACAAUAAUACUACCCAAGUGGUUGAACCUCCUUCCACACUUCAGGAAGAGGAAGAAGAACCCUUGCCUGAGGAGUUUGUUCUUACUGAGACAACAUUACCAGAUGGAAAUAUUGAACAAAUAAUAUUCUCUUCAGGUGGGGAUGUUGAUAUAUAUGAUCUUCAAGCCCUUUGUGAUAAGGUAGGUUGGCCACGUAGACCACUGCCAAAGUUAGCUGCAGCCCUUAGAAACAGUUAUAUGGUAGCUGCAUUACAUUCAACACGGAAGUCGCCUGUUUCAGAGAAUACACAAAAGAAGCUGAUUGGGAUGGCUCGUGCCACAUCAGAUCAUGCAUUCAACGCCACCAUUUGGGAUGUUCUUGUGGAUCCUUCUUAUCAGGGUCAAGGCCUCGGCAAGGCCCUAAUUGAAAAGCUUAUAAGGGCACUUUUGCAAAGGGACAUUGGCAAUAUAACACUCUUCGCAGAUAGUCAAGUGGUAGAGUUCUACCGGAAUCUAGGUUUCGAACCCGACCCUGAAGGAAUUAAAGGGAUGUUCUGGUACCCAAGACAUUAGAAUCUUUGCUUGGACAAGGUGAUAUUUCUUUCUCCCCAUGUUUUGUUGUAUAACGCAGGAUCUUGGAUUGGAAAUAGAAGAAGACCAAUGAGUUAUAUUUAUAUAAUUAUUGUGAAUUCUGUAUAUACACUUCAUAUUUAUGAAUAAUAUCCCAUUCCUUGUGUGCCAACUUCUUUUUGGUGUUGUAUAGGCAGUUUUUAGAUUAUGUGUUGAGACAACCCUCACCAUCUUUCUCCAUAUGAAUAUUCAUUCCAUUACAGGAUUA